AGCAAAUCCGGCAAAUCCCACCUGCCAACGAGAUUUCUUUCGCACCAAACCAAUACCGUAGAGUUCUUCUAUCUUUUGAAACAAAGAAAUUUGCGGCCUGCCCCGAUCCGGGCACAGAGCACCGACACCGAUAGGGAAGAACAGAGACCACCGGACUGCACGACCAUGACGACACCGCAACGACACAGCCACCACAAUUACACCCGCCUCCUGUCAAAGGCCGUCCUCGGCGCCUUCUUGGCCGUCCUUCUGCUGGCGGCAAAGCAAGCCACCGCCUUUUGCCCGGUGGUCAUCUGCCCCGGCUUUGGCAACGACAGCAUCGAUUACGUGGCCCCUUUGGAGCAGCCGGAGGAGGUCGGCCUGAAGUCCGUCCUGGCACGGAGGGGCUUCGACCCCUCCCAGAUCUAUAUCGUUCCGGUCCAGCGGAGCGAUUGGAUCCGUGUGGCAGGGGGCCUUUUCGACAUUCCCGGUUUCUACCUGGGAACCGCCAAGCCUACGGGCCCCGGAUACGGCUGGKACGUAAAGCGCCUCAAGGAGACGGUGGACCUGGCCUACGACAACCAGGCCGGGGAAAGCACCUCCGGGAAGCAAAAGGUCCUGGUGAUCGGGCACAGCGCGGGCGGGUGGCUGGCGCGUGCGGCCAUGGCGGACGGCCUGUGGUCGGAGGGCGGUGCUGGCGAAGAACCGUCGUCCCCCGUGCGAACGAGUGACCGCAUCCGGUGCCUGGUCACCAUGGGGGCCAUUCACGCUGCCCCGGAGGACGAAUCUACCUGCGUGACUCGCGGGGCCCUCAGGUACACGGCCGAGAACUACCCGGGGGCCUUUCUGAAAGACGAGGGGAUCGGAUACGUAUCGAUCGGCGGAUCCGCAAUCGUCGGAGACGAGCGCAAGGACGACGAGAAGGACGCCGACACGGAUCAGGAGCGAAGCGAGGCCGACGAGUUCUAUAAGCAGCGGGGAGAAGGGAAUUCCAACCGCGUGGCGUUUACCUCCUACAAGGCCGUGAGUGGGAACGGUAACCUGAUCGGCGACGGCGUUGUUCCCCUCGACUGGACCCAGUUGGAGGGAUCGAGGCAGAUCGUUCUCCCUGACGUCCUUCACUCGAUCAACGAGGCCGGGACGACCUUUCCCACGGACCGCUGGUACGGUUCCGAGAAAGUGAUCGAUCGGUGGCUGCCCGCCGUGAUGGAAGAAGCGGACCUAGCACCCGCGAAAAAUGGAAACGCGUUCGACUUUGCCGGCGGGCUGCAGCAAUGGGCAUCGAACCUGAUUCAGAAAAAUUAAUGUAUACGAAUAAGUCAGAGCAGUUAAAUCAAGUUCAAGCAUUUGUCUCUAAAUAAAUGAACGAAAAGUGAAGGAACUGGAAACCCAUGAAACAAAUCAUACUUUACAUC